AUGGCAGAAGUUUCAAGCGUACUAUUAGGCAGAAAAGUCAUUUAUAAAACUUUAAAAAAUGUUUGGAGAAAUUUAAGUAAUAAUAAUAAUUUAAAUUAUUGCCUCAAUCUCGUGAAGAAAUGUGAUUAUGAAAGUUACUUGUCCACGCUUCUCUUGAGAGAUAGGCAGAGAGACGGGGCUUUCGUUUUAAGAGCACUUCAGGUUGAAUUGUCCCAGAUUCGAGACCUCGUCUCAGAUCGUCAGAUUGGUCGAAUGAGAUUGCAGUUCUGGAAGGACGCUAUAAAUAACAUCUACGAGCUGAUAAAGAGACAUGAUUUGUCCAGGGCAUUGUUUGACAGAAUUCUCAGAGCAAGGGAAAGCCAAAUUCGUUCUGAUAUACCAUUUUCUAACAUAGCUGAGCUGGAGAGAGUGAGCAUCGCUACCAGCCCCAACACUGCAAAUGACGAUGAUGAUAAUAAUCACAAAGAUGACGAUGAUGAUAAUAAUCACGAUGACGUCAUCCUGAAUCGAGCAGUCGGCCAUCUUGGAAAAGCCCAAGGAAUAAUAACACUUCUGAGAGCCAUACCCCAUAACGCAGCUAAAAAUAUCGUUUACAUCCCCGUCAGUCUAAUGAUGAAGACACCGAUUAACCUCUAUCUGAAGUCCCUAGAGAGAUGUGACUUCAACCCGCUAAAUCCCAAACUGCAGCUCAGAAAUUCCUGGCUACCCAUCGUCCUUCUCAUCAACAGGAUCCGGCUCAAGAUUUAG